UGAGUGUAUAAAUCCCAGCCCGGUCCCCGGGCGGCCGAAUAGAGUAGAACAAUCCAGCAGCAGCGGCAGCAGAGAGAGGAUCGACCCGGACACAGCGUCGCUGUUAGCAGACAACUCUCACACCCCGGCGGCCUGACAGUCGCUGUAAAUGGACGGAGCCUCCUCAGCACUGAACGAUGUGAGCGGCUGAGAGCAGCAGCUCGGUGAGGACUGUCAGAAACACAUGACAGACAACUUCAGCUGCGGCGAGAGGCGCGCCAUGGCAUCCCAGCCGAGUGUACACAAUGAAGAAAGGAACCUUCUUCGUCUCCGAGCAUGGGAACUGAGGAACCAAGAAGCCAGCCAAGUCAAAGAACUCAACCCUGAGAAUGUGCCUCUCUUUGGGGAACCAUACAAGACAAACAAAGUGGAUGAGCUUUCCAAUCGAAUCCAGAGGAUGCUGGGCAGUUAUGAAGAUGUGAACAACCCAUGUCCCCUCACCAUUGAGCCGUCACCCAUUCCUAGUUAUGCAACUGUCUCGCAGUCAGAUCAGGGUCAGACAAACACAGAUAAAUCAACCAAAGCUGCAUUCCACAACCAGGUCCAUUACAUGCCAACCUCAAACCAGAAAUGCCCCUCUAGUAGCAGUUACUCCUCUCAGCCUGUGACGGUGUCCACAUCGGUUUCUCCACAUGGACAUGGACAUUCAUCCACUGUCCUAAAGAAUUCCUCAAACCACAGUCAUCCUGGAAACUCAGAGCAUCAAAGGAAGAAGAGUGAAGUCUUCUCAGAUGUCAGUGUACAUGUCAGCCUUCCCCAGGAAAUGUCUGAGUCUCAGUCUCCUGAUGCUAAGCUGCAAGCGUUCUUACAUUCCAGUAACGACAACAACACUGACACGGACACUAAGGAUACCUUCGAUAGACAUCAGCAUCAGGAGUUCUCAGAUCAUCCCCCUGAGUCCGCCAGCACUAUGGAUGUUACCACACUGAACAAUAAGCCGUCCCCUAAAGAUGCAGCUCUGACUCAAGCCACCAAGACGAAUGCACUACCCUCCCAGACUUUCCCCCCACUCCUGUCGUCCAAGCAGCCCAGCGUAGUCAUGACUAAGAAGCCAACAGCCUAUGUGCGGCCAAUGGAUGGUCAGGACCAGGUGAUCAGUGAAUCUCCUGAGCUGAAACGCUCGCCAGAGCCAUAUGCACCAUUGUUAAUCAGCAAGUCCAACCCGGGAAAAAUGAAGAUACUGCCACAGUUUUUGGAGACAAGGACAAAUGAAGCUCAGUGUGUUGAGGACAUCUUAAGGGAAAUGACCCACUCAUGGCCUCCUCUUCUGACAGCUAUACCCACAACAAGCAUAGACAAACCCUCCAAAUCCCUGUUCUCAGCCAAGGAAGCAGUGCAAGUCUCUUCAUGCCCGGGACAAAAUCCAUCGCAGCUCCACCAGCAGAGCGCCUUAUCCUCAUUUGAAGCAGCACAUUCCAGCGGCGUAGAGUCAGCCAGCUCUAGUGACUCAGAGAGCAGCUCGAGAUCAGAGUCAGACAGUGAAAGCACCACAGCAGAGCCCCCAGUGAGCAGCACAGUUAAAACUGAGCCUGACGCUCCAGCAGUGAGCCAUGGUAACUGGCAGUUGGGAAACUGGAUCAGGUCCAACCAACAGAACUUGAGCACUGACUGUCAAGGUGGUACCUAUGUCUCUGAGAGCCCCUCUCACAAACGGCUGUUGCCCACUCAAAGCUCCAAGCACUCCAGCGUAGAAGUGGUCGACCCCACCAGGGAUUGUAAGCCUCAGCUUCCUACUCACCAAAAAGAGCUUGGUGACAUCCACGCAAAAGUCCAGCAGCGCAGAGAAAGCCAUCAGGACAACCAUUACCAGCAGAAGAGCCAAAAAGGCCCUUCCGCUGAUUUCAGGAGACUGUCAUGCAAGACACACUCCUCAAAGCCAGCAAAGGAGGGCUGCCAGGAUCACAGUGAAGCGGCUGUCAGUGUUAAGGGUGAGGACGUUGUAGCCACAAAAAACAAAGACCUGUGUUUCACAGACAGGCCCAAGGUAAAGACGAAAACAAGACACUGCAAGAAAAGCAAGGAUGGUGACUCUAAACUUGACACCAGAAGGACUUCUAAACACACGUUUCUUGACAAGCGGAAGGUUGGAUCAGAGCCUGAAGUCAAAGUGGUUCUGAGUAGUCUUUGUCCAUCUUGUGGUGUGAAAGAUCCCAACCCUUGCUCCUGCCCAACACAGACUCCUGCUCAGCCUGAAGAGCCAUCUUUCGACCGACCAGUAAAAAUCCCCUGUAGCAAACUCAAGGCUGAGCCUAUCUGCCAGAAGGGAAACAAGAAACCUCAAAAAACAUCCCACAAACACUCAGAGAAGAGAGCUCAAACAGCCAAUGGUUCUCAGGACCUCCACAGGCCUCCUAGAUCCCUGCUGGUGAGGAUCGAUCUAAGUCUGCUCUCAAGGAUCCCCCAGACAUCCGGCAAUGACCAGAAGAUACCCAGCAAUGCAAAGAGAUCAGCGCUGGUUGUAGAGCCAGAUGGAGGGGGUGGUGAUGUUUCUAUAACACACAAACACAGCAAAAGCAGCAAAAAAAGCACAACUCCAAAUGUUGAGGGAGACAAUAAAAAUCUACCCAGGAAGAAAAGGCGGCUGGAAGACAAGAAUAUCUCUUCAGCUCAUGCUUCUAUCAAAUUGGAAAGCUCCAGCAAUCCAGUGGAGGAUCGGGAGAGAAAGAAGGCCAAGAAGAAACCUGUGUUGACACCACCCAAAGACUCUGCUAAAGACUCCAAGUUACACAAGCGCUGCUCUGCAGAGACUCUGGAGUCCAGUAAGGAAGCUGCAAAGAGCAAGGACUCCUGCAAGCACAAGAAGAAGAGUGAAAAACACACAGAGCGCCUCCACCCUGAAAAGCAAAAGCCUCCAAAGUUCUGCCCCACGGUCUCAACAUCUUCACAGUCCAACAAGGAAGUUUUGAUCAAUAGGCCCUUGCUCAAGUUUGAGGACAGGCCGUAUCCAGUGAAGCAAUCCAUAAAGGAGGCAAAACGACUGAAGCACAAAGCAGAUGCAGAGUCAGAUAAGCUCAGUAAAGCUUACAACUACCUGGAUGCAGUCAUGUACUUUGUUGAGAGUGGCAUUGCUAUGGAAAAAGAUCCACAGAUUUCAAUGUCUUCCUACACCAUGUUUGAAGAGACAGUGGAUCUCCUCAAGUUUGUCCUGAAACUUAAAAACACAGUGGACCCCUCUGCUCCGCCCUCAGAAAAGGACUUUUUAGUUUUAUGUUUGAAGUGCCAGUCUCUCCUGCAGAUGGCCAUGUUUCGCCACAAACACAAAACUGCACUCAAGUAUUCAAAGACCCUGACUGAUCACUUCACCAAUUCUGCCCAGGCAUCACAUGAUCCUUCUGUCUGCACAGCAAAAGCUGCAGACACCCCGUCCCCGAUGCCUGACAUGCCGUCUCCAGCCAGCACAUCCACAAGCUCAGGUCCCGGCUCCAACCACAGUGGUAGCGGGUCAAUAGUGAGCCCCGUCGGUGGCAUGGUGGCGGUUCCCCAGGCUAUAGAACAAGUCGCAUUCACCUACGUCAAAAUCACCUCGUUAUUCGUAAGCGCUCAUGACCUCUGGGAGCAGGCGGAGGUGCUGGCAAAAAAAGGCAGCGGUUUGCUGACGGCUCUGGACACGGUUAUGGGCCCACUGAGUCUAACUUCAACUCUGAACACUAUGGUCCGAUAUACACGACAGGGAGUCUACUGGCUGAGGCUGGACAGCCAAAAGGUAAAGUGACCAACAGCCUGCUCCCCCUGCUGGACACCUGCAAACCCCCCCCCCCCCUUCGUCUUCACUUCACCGUAAUACCCACCUGAACUGUCCCUCAGGCGUUUCUUUCCUUUCCUUCACACGGACAUCUCUUUACAAAGACAUGGUUGUCAUCUCAUGUUUGUUUUUAAGGCUGGUUUUUGAAUAUUUUUCCAGCAAGGAAUUUACAACACUGAACCAUUGCACUCGUAAUUUAUUCUUUCACUUUUGGAGUCUCUUUAUUUCUCUCUGAUGGGAUCUACACAUUUCAUGUCUCGGAAGGUUCAAUGUUCCUCCUUGUCCCUCUGUCAGCUGAUGUCAAAGAAAUGUCAGAGCUUUAUUCAAGAGUGACCUUAACUAGAUUUGGAUUGAAAUCAUCAGAUAAUCCAAAAGGUGCCAUUUGGUGGUGGUGGUGGAAGCACCGUAACUGAUCUGAAUUAUUUCUAUCAUCAUAUUUUACAACCUGAGUUAUACGAAAAACUAAAGGCACUUAUAUCAUGUUAAUUUUUUGAUUCAUGACUUCACAGUUUUGGCAACAAUUUUUUUUUAUUUCUCUUAAAAAGAGAUUUAAUUUCAUUCUGAAAGAUUGUUUGAUUUUGGUCACAGGGAGUCUAUAGUUUUUAUAGUCAACAUUUCUUUCUCCCACAAAUCUGGAUCCUUGUGAAUAAGACUCAUGAGAAACCAGUGUGCAUGUCACUUUUCUAUAAGUCAAAUAUGGCUGAAAAAAGGUUCAUGAAAUUUGUUGCAAAAGCACCAAAGUAUAACUUUAAAUCAGCAUUUAGUUUGUUCAUUUCAGCUCGUUCCCUGUUGGCGUCAAUUGUCAAAUUGUUUCUUGUGCAAUAAUAAUAAGUGCAUUAAUAACAAUAAAGAAAAAAAAGUGCCAUACUGUUGAUGAGACAUGUUUCCUAAAACAAAAUACAUACUCUACAUGUAGGUUGGAUUAUGUGCAGAUAAAUGAGACAAAGAUCAAUCUGGACACAGUCGAAUCAAAUCAAACAGCCUUUUUCUUAAUUUAGAUCAUUUAAAUAACCAUUGUUGUUUAAGGUCUUACCUUUUUGCUCCUGAAAGAAAUUUGUAAACCUCUUGACUCUUGUGCGUGUCGGAGCGGCUCUGAGACGUGACAGACUUGUGACCCGUGUUGCAGAUGCUGUUUCUGUCCGUAGCACUGUCUGUGGUAAUGACUGAGAGUGACUCAUUUGUCUGUCCAAAGUUGACUUGAUUUUAUUCUCAUCAUCCUGUUAAAGAAUUUGCACUUGUGCCCUUUUUUUCAAAAGUCACCAUCUUAAAGGACAUCUUUUUGUGUUUCGUCAUAAAACGGUUUUCACAUCUUUCCUUCUGUCCACACUGACUGUGAAGAGAUCCCAUUCUAAAGGGGAAGAUAAACUCAAGUUUAAACCUAAGCUCCAACAAACCAAGGAGGGCAUUUUAUAAAGUUACCUGCAGGAAGGAUUCUCUCCUCAGUCAGUAUCAACAGAGGGAACGAUUACAGCAACCAGUAACUCAAUCGCUUCAGUUUACAUCCGGGGAUGUUGGCAUUGUUUAAUUAUAGAAAAACUUUGAACCUGGCCUUUAACCACAGAUGUGUCUUACAGCAACUCAAAUUUCCAAAAACAGGGAAGCAUUUGACAUCCCUGACUUUCUGUACAUACAGAGGUGGAUUUAAUGGUUUUCAUUGGCUGUGUUUAUCACUGAGUAACUUUAUAGAGAACAGAAGGACGACCAGAAUCAUUCAACUGAUAAGAAACUACAUUUGUGUUUCCUUUUUUUGUUUUUGCACUAGUAGCCUGCUUCCCUACAUGUUUCCUACACUUAAGUUGAGGAUAAUAAAUGGCCAGCUGUAACUUAUAUAAAAAAAAAAAACACUCUUGUGAAUAUUUGUAGUUAAUUUCAUGUGUACAAAAAAAAACACCACGUUCCCGAGACGGGCAGGACUGUGUUAGUCUUUACUUUCUGUUGUAUCUUGAUUCUAAGCAAUAAAGUAUGAGUUUCUUUAGCUCAAAGUUUGAAUCAGUGGAUGUCCUACUGUAGUUAUCAUCGGGUCUUAAUGAUUCACCGGGGGGUUUAAAAAGAAUCUGUAUUAAAUUAAUUAUUCGAGAAAGGAAACAUUGGUUUAGCUUAGCGCAUUAAAAUAUCGCAUUUCUUGAAAUUAGCUUCCUUAGGUUAGGAGAUUUAGUUGCUUGUUGACUCAGUUCAUGUAAUUACACGCUAGAAAGGGCUGAACAAGGACCACAAAGUGUUCCUUAAUUUAUUUUUCUCAUAUUUUUCUCAUAUUAACGAUAAUGAUAUUUUUACCAUAUGCCACGGAACAAGGGAUUAUUUUUACAUACGUAUGAUGACACAUUGUAUCGACCUUCACACUGCACACAAAGUGAAAACCUAAAAUCUGGCAUUCGACAUUCAAGACUAGUACAAUCUGUUUUGUGGGGUUUUUUUUAUGUUUAUGUUUUUAUGUUUCUUGUCUUUCCAACCUGUGGCUUUAUGUUCAUCAUCAUCGGGUGUCGGUGCUUCAUUACUGAAUUUCUCUGAAAACAAGUUUACACUUCUUGUCCAAAUAAUCAUUUGCUGUAAAAAAUGAUCAUAGGUUUUUGAAGGAUGCUUUUUUUCCUUUUUGUGAAAUAUGUAAAGAAUUUGUGUUGCAGUGUACACAGAUGAAUAAACA